AUGAUACGGAAGACACAGAGAGGAAAUUAUAGGAAGAGGAAGAGAGAGAGAGAGAGCGAGGGGAAAAUGAGCGAGUGGGAAAAUGGAAAAAAUAGGAGAGUGAGAGAGAGAGAUAAAGAGAGCUAUGGUAAACGGAAGAAAAAGGGAAAUGAGGGUGACCCAAAUAUAGAGGGAGGGAGUGAGAAAAAGCGCGAGUGGGAGAAAAGAGCGAGAGAAGAUAACGAAAAAGACAGGGGAAAGGAAAGAGUAAGAGAGAGGAAACGGAAGUUUGGAAGGAGAAACAAAGAUGAGAGAAGGGAAGGGAAAACGGGAGAGAGAGACAGGAAUGAAAGAGGGGAAGAGGCAAUAGGAGAGUGGGUAACAGACAGAGUGAGAUACAGAUGGAUGACAAAUCCGUUGAUGAGGUAA